GCGGGGCGCUGUGCCCGGCGCGGCGCUGACGGAGCGGUGGCGGUGCCGCUGCCGCACCUGCCGCCGGCGCCACCCGCGGAGCUGCACGGCCCGGCCGGUCAUGGCCGCGCUCCUCGGCCCCGUUUUGUUCAUGUAUUUCACAUGUAUAUCUACUGUCCAGACUACUGACUGUCUGCAUUUGAAGGAGCAAUGUAUAAAUGCUGCAAAUGGAUGUGAGAGUGUUUGGAAUGUUGUUGAAGACGCCUGCAAUAUUUCAGUUCUAGGUAAUAAGUGCAAGGCAGAAGACACUGUUGGAUGUAAUAGAAUCAUCCAGGUCCUGGCUGAUGAAUACCCAGAAUUUAAAAACUGUGUCUGCACUACUGACAAUAUCUGUAGCAUCACGACUUUGCUUGGGAAACAGUGCAGCAUUAAUAAAGAAUAUUUGGAAUCUUUCUCAGGAUCAGACACUGAACUGAGUUUUAGGCAGCACAGAAACCCAAAAGACAAAAGGCACUCAGAAGAAUUGGAGAACGAUUGCCAUAUUGCAAAACAGCGCUGUCGAGAGGACCCUUCCUGCUUUGCCCUGUACAGGAGCUUCCAGAGGGCGUGCCAGGCAGAUGCAGUCAAGUGCAGGUUUCCAAUGAUCAACCAGGAGUGUUUGUCAGCAUGGAAAGAACUGAUGAAAACAGUGCUGGGACAGUGCAAGUGCUCAGAGCCACUUCAGAUGAGAUGCAUUAAAAUAUGGAAGGGAAUAUUUAACAACCGUUGUUUACAGUACUCUCAAGAGAGCCAAGCUUCAGCACCCAGUGGGCAUGAUGACGACACUGAUGAUGAUGACUAUAAUGCUGAUGUCGAUGAUGAGAAAAAUCUGGUCACUGACACAGACAAUCUUAGUAUGGAAACAAAAUUACAAUGGGGUUUAUCUGCUCUCUCGAAACAAGUGUACACAACAAAUAGAACCUGUUUGGAUGUGAACAGGGAGUGCGUUGAAGAUGAAGUAUGUAACAAACAGUUGUCCCUGUACCUUAAAGUUUGCUCAGUAAAUAAGAAGUGCAACAUGGAAGAAUGUCAAGCAGCCAUAAGGUUCUUCUAUCAAAACAUGCCUUUCGAAGUUGCUCAAAUGAUGAUAUUUUGUGAUUGUGUCCAGCAUGAUGAAUCCUGCCACAGAGCCAAAGAACUUCUCCAUGGCAAGUCCUGUGCAGUUAAUGCAGUUCCAGCCCCAUCGUGCCUGAACAUAAUCCAUAUGUGUGAAGAGAAUGAAUCGUGCAGGAAAAAAUACACAACUUUUCGGUCAAAGUGUUGGAGACAUGUGACAAAAAAAUGCUACGAUGAUGAAGCUUGUCUUGAAACUUUAAUCAAGGAUGACAUGCCCUGUUCUGCAAAUGCUGAUUGCAAAGCAGCCUACAUUAGCAACUGGGGCACGAUGCUGCACAUGGAGUGUACCUGCCAGAAUCUGCCUCCCAUGGAGCAGUCUUUGUGCAAGCUCUUCCAUCACAUGCUUCACAGCAAAUCCUGCUUCAGUGAGUUACGUCAAAUUUCCAUUCAGAAGAAUGGUUUUGGCUGGGUAAAUACAGAAAUGCCAGGGGAAAAGCCUUCAGGAGCACAGCUCCAUUCUUCUGCAAUUAAUGGUGAAACAGUCUACAUUAUUGCCUACUCCUCCUGCAUAGCUCUCAUACUAGGAAUAGUCCUGUUGACUCUCCUCAACAUCAGGAAAGACCCGAAGUGCCUUAUUCUCCCCUUGCACUGUACUGGGAGUCAUGGUCCCUAACACACCAUUCUGGAUCCCACUUCCUGGCUUUGAGCUCUGGACUUCUCUCUGUAGCUGAGUUGUUUGGCUAGAUUUAAGCUUCUGUUUAUUACCAGUUAGUGGUCUUUGUCAAAUCUUGGUAACAGUCUGGUUCUGGUGAGCACAGGAUAAUCAACUGGCAUUUCUCAUUCAACUUUACCAAUGAGUAGCACAUGUCUUAUCUUGUUACAAUAGCAUCUGAUUAAUUCUAUUUUGAAUGUGGUUACUUUUAAUUUUAUUUGAAUUAUCACUAAACGUAACUCAGCUCCAGUUUUGACUAUGACAGAUGACUGAUCUAGGGCUAGAAAUUUAUGUGAUCAGAAAAGCAGGGAUCUCUACUCUUCAGUGCGACUUUUGCUUCUUACUUUGUUAGCCUGUGAAAUGAUUAGUGUGAGAGCAAACUCUUAAGUGUGCAGUCGUUGGGGAGAGGUUUAGAAAUUUUUAACAAUUAUUAAAAUACGCAUUUUCCCUGUCUUUAUGAUCUGCAUAAACCAAAAAAACUUGUUCUUGUUUUGCAAUCAAAAGUUUUGUCAUUACUAAAUCAGCAUUUGGACAAAAAUACAGAAACAGAAAAAUGCAGUUACUUUGUUAAUUACAAAGAUCUCAUUUAGCAGUCCAGCAAUUUGCAGCACUUAGCUCACCUCCUAACAUGUAGGUUAUUUUAAAGUGGUAUAUUCUUAUUCUUCAUCUUAAAACUGUGAAAUAGAAAAAGUUCAAACUGAAAAUACUGUUGAGAGUCUGUUCUCAUCAGUGUUGGGUAAAACCAUUUCUUUAUGUAGGAAAUGUACUUAUGACAUGAACCUUGUGCUGGUUUUUGGUCUACUUCAAAAAACAAUGAUGCAAUGCUGAAGCCUCCACAUCACAAAAUCUGAAGAGAGCCAUUUAAAUACAGAUUUAACUAAACUUUAGUCAACAAUAAAAAAUCUCCUUCUUAGAAACUUUUUGUUUUCUAAUUAUCUUAUAUUUAGACACUAGAAUUACAACUCAUAUAUGGGCUUAGACAUAUUCACACUGUAAUGUAAAACGUAUUUGAAACUGAGGAUAAGUAUGUGAGUUACUCUGAAAGACAGCAAGAUAUUUUGUGGCUAUUGUGUUGCUUCUGUGAUUUUACAGGCUCUCUUCAUUAGAGAUUAAUUAAAUGCUUAAUGGAAAAAGUACAUUUCCUCCAUUAUCUAUGUAAAAAGUAUUUUUUUUAAUUUAUCUUUCCUAGUGAUACUGCAUUCUGGCAAUUGUAUCUAGGUGUUAUUAAAUAAAGGAAUUUCUGCUGGGAUGAUCUGUAUUCAGGUGAUCAUGAUUAGACUGCUUCAUGAACAGUUUUGUGAUCAUAAAAUCACAGAAUUGUUUAGUUUGGAAAAGAACUUUAAGAUCUUUGAAUCCAAUUGUGAUGGAAGAAGAACCAGUAUUUUUGUAAGAACUUCAUCAUUAAAAAUGUUUCCCCUGAAAUAUGACAUCUUUCCAGAUGAGGAAGACUGAGUCUCAUUGAUGACUUGGGAUUCCCAGGACACAAGGUCUUUCUGGGUAAGGAUGUGGCAUUUAUCCCCUUUCUGUUGGAGCUCGGACUUUGCAAAGUGAGUCAAUGAAGACUGAUUGGGCUAGAAGGAGAGACCAUAAUUUUUUGCCUUACAGCACUGUCAUUUGAA